UCCUAUGGCCGACAACCUCGAGUUUCUGUGACAUUAGAUAUGUCUCAUGACAGUUUAUCAUUUACACGAAGUUAAAAAGUAGUGUGUGUGCGCCAGAAGCAGAAAAGAGUUCUUAACUGGCAUAUUUGUGGUGUUUAAUCAUUACCACAUUUUGAGUGAAAAUUCUUUUUUGUUGCAUUCUGUGAUGUGAGUGGGUUGUAACAUCUGUGUCACUUGCUUUGAAGAACCCAAAGGGGGUCGAGUGCGUGAGACAACCUUCAAUAAUUAUUGAACAUUAGAGUGUUUCCUUGUUACAGUCAUUAUUUGAUGACAUUAUAAAAGCGGGUUUCAAGCUGGUUUUUAUGCGUUGUGAUUGUUGGAGCUGUUGUUCAUUACAAGAGUCAUGCUGCUGAUCUGGACUAUUUGAAAGCGGUGACAUCAUCAAAGCAAGGUGGAAAGCAAUCAAGAUGGUUGCUCCAUCUCCGGAAGAGUGCGAUUAAAUUACAAACCGCUAGCCAGGAGCUCGUUUUCAACACCAGCCGUUGGAGGACGUUUGAAACAAAAGACGAAGUAGAAAAAUGGCGCGGAAAGCAGAACAGGUGCGGACGCUGAACGUAGCCGUCGUCGGCCUGGCCGGCACGGAAAAAGAGCGCGGCCAGUCCGGCGUGGGCAAGUCCUGCCUGUGCAAUCGCUUCAUCAAGUCGCUGGCCGAUGAUUAUCACGUCGAACAUAUUUCCGUCCUCAGUCAGACGGAUUUUAGCGGCCGAGUGAUCAACAACGAUCACUUCCUUUAUUGGGGAGAGACGACCAAGCAGGCCGACGAUGGCGUCGAGUAUCACUUCCACCUAGUCGAACAGACAGAGUUUCUCGACGAUGCUUCCUUUCAGCCUUUCAAAGGUGGCAAAAUGGAGCCGUACGUCAAACGGUGUGCCGCUACCAAGUUAACAUCAGCUGAAAAAUUCAUGUACAUCUGUAAGAAUCAGCUAGGAAUCGAAAAGGAAUACGAGCAAAAGGUGAUGCCGGACGGUAAAUUCAAUGUUGACGGCUUCAUUUGCGUGUUUGACGUGUCGAUGGUGCCCAGCCGGCCGAUCGAACGGCAAAUGGAGUACACGGCGACCAUUCUCGCCAAUCUGGUCAAAAGCAAGAAACCCAUCGUCCUGGCCACCACCAAAAAUGACGAGGCCUUUGACGGCUUCAUCCGCGAGGCCGAGAAACUAGUCUCGAGAAAGGAGUUUAAAGGAAGCAUCGUAAUGGUGGAGACUUCAGCUCACGAGAACGUCAAUGUCGACUUGGCUUUCCUCGUGUUGGCCCAGAUGGUGGACAAGGCCAAGAAUCGCAUGCGAGUCGUUCCCUUCGCCGAAGCGGCACGAGCUCGCAAAGAUGUACUAGAUGUUGCCACGGAAGCCUUUCAGCGCUUGAUACGAGCUCAAGUGACUGAUUUCCGUGCCCUUUGGUCGGCCACGUCCAAGAAAUUGGCCGCAAAUCCGGACUACAUCCAUUAUUGUAACCUAUUCGGUCAGGACGACGCCCAACGCCUUUUCCGGCGUCACGUUAAGAAGCUCAAAGACGAACAUUUGGCCCGCAAAAUCAAAGGUUACAUGGACACAUUGCCCGAAAUCCUGCUGGAAUUCUUUCCAGAUCUGCCCAGCUUAGAGGAAGGCGAUUGGGAUCUCAUCAAAGAGAAGAUGCACAGCCACCCUGACUUCAACAACUACUUCCUUGACUGCCCGGCCGAUGGAAUGUCGUGGGCCGAAACGGAUUUGCUGGACAGCACCGAAAUGCGGAUACCGUUCGACGUGUUGGAUACGAGUGAAGCCGAAAUGGUUUUCCGUAACCACAUCAACACGCUGCAGAAAGAACAACGGCUGCUCGAGUACCGACACCAAUUCAAGUCUUUGUUGGAGGAAACGGGAUACGUCACGCCCGGAAAAACACUCUCGGAAGUUCAGGUUCUUUUCAUGGGUCGUGAAUGCUUCGAAGCGCUCUCCGAGGCCGACUGCCACCACAUCUACGAUCUCCAUCAAAGGGACAUAACGGAAAAGGCUCGCAAAAACUUCCAGGAAUUGCUACUGGAACAUGCCCACCUGUUUUAUCAGUUCAAGAGCAUUGCGCCGUCGGGUACAGUGACGCAAGAUGACAUACGGGAAAUCACGGAAGAAUUGCAAGAGGAUUCGCGUUACAAAGCGCUUGACCGGCUGGACAACGAGCGAAGGUUACUGUUGCUCCAGCAUCUCGGUUUUGUCCAUUGCCCUAUUCGCGAGCAUUGUCCAGCUCAUCCUAAUUGCAUGGACGCUGUCAUCGAGCGGCUCAUCUCGGUCAAAGCUCAUCGACCGUCGUCAUGGAACCGCAAUAGUCAGUGGAUGCUGGGCAGUGGCGGCAGUGACAACAGUCAGCUCAGUCUGAUCCUGCUGGGCGUUGCGGAUUUGGCACACGAGUUGGCUGGCGAGAUUCGUGCGCUGUGCGACGAGGACGAGUACGAAAUGGACAAUCAAGUGUACAGCCUCGACUACAGGAUCAUCGACGGCGAUGUCAGCUUGCCCGAGAACUCGUUCCGAACGGCCGAGUUCACGCCGCAAGGCUGUUUUUGCGUCUUCUCCAACGCCGACUCGUUCGAAUACAUCCGCGACAGUUUAGAGAAAACCCUUCUGUCCAAUCUGGAACAGGAAGAUCGAUUGCCGUUCCAAGGAUUGCCCAUCGUCAUCGUCAUGGCGGCCGAACCGUCUCUCAGCGAGACGGACUACGAACACCUCAAAGGCGAGGGCUUGAACCUGGCCGACAAUCUCCAGUGUCCGUUCAUCGAAGUCUCGCAAUCGUCCUCAACGUCAUCCAUGGAUGGCGGCAAAGUCGGCGUUUCAAUGGAAGAGGCCGAGCGUAACGGAGAAUCGCCGGCCGAAGUUCAAACUCAGGGAGAGCGAUUCAAUCCCCACUUAGUCAGCAGCGCGCUGCGGGCCUUAGUCACGAGUAUUCAGCAGCGGGCCGGCUUUUUGAACGUGUGCCAAUCGUCAUCCACGUCCGGACUGAUGGACGGUUCAUGCCAGCCCGACAUCCGCAUCAUUUUGUCGAUGCUCUGCGCCGACCCGUUCUCAGUGGAGAGCGUCCUCGGCCCGCUCCUUUCUCACCAGUGCUGCUUCCUCAGCGGCGAACGCAGCUUGACCCUCGAGACAUUUCUAGGCGACUCGAAACGUCGAGUCGAAGUGGUCGUCACAUCCUACCAUUCGGCCGACUCUUUCAGGGAUGAUCUAGUUCAUGGCUUCGUCUUGGUGUAUUCGACGAAACGAAAGGCUUCGUUAGCCACUUUGGUUGCCUUUUCUCAAAACAUUCCUAAUUUGCCCAUCCAGAUCUUGGCUGUGACGGAGAGUGGAGGCGCAGCCAAUGCCUUCUUCAGUUCUGAACUUAGUCAUCAGCUUAUUACGGCCGGCAAUGCCGCAGCCGACCGUCUCCAGGCUCAUUUCAUGACGUUGACGGCCUCUGCCAAUCCCAAAUCGGCCAUUUACACUCCUUUCUUCAAAGAAGUUUGGGAUAAGAAAAUGGAAAUAGAACAGGCCUUCCAAUUAGAAGACGCGGCGGGCCUGAAUGAUUCGGGCGAGGGCACAUUGGAGCGACCAUUGAGGAGGACGCAACCCAUUCCUCCUCCUCGUCACUUGGCCGGACCUGUUUACGGACGUUGCGGUGUCGGAGUUUACCAGCGAUCAAGCCGGGCCGGCUCCAACGAAGGCAGUGGAUCGGAGAUUUACGAGCGAUUGCCAACUGACGGUUCCCUGGGCGAAGACGGGGAAGACGCUGUGUCUCCGACCUACCCAGACGAACGUCGACUAACGCCCAGCGACGACAGCGAUCUCUAUUCUACGUUGGACCGGCCAAUGCAACGUAACAAGAAAGAAAAUGGUGUCGGCGAGAGUCUAGUCAAGCCAAGUCAUUUCAAGAGUCGCCAAAAGACCAGACAAGCAGAGGGUGCUCGUCAGACGUGCCCGAGUAUUGAUUCGCUUCCGCUGGCCUUCUCCUUCUCGCUGCGCGGUCCAACGUAUCCGUGCGGUGCGACGGGAAGUCGAAUUCCGGCUAAUCCCGCUUCUCAUAUCAUGACGUUGCAAAGUCAACAUUCUUUGAUGAUGACGUCCGCUUUGAAUCCGUCUGGACUCAAUCCUUAUUCGACCCCCAUUCCUCAUUACACACCGACAUCGUCUGGAUCGGCUGCUGCUUCCAAUCACGCGCCUUCGCCUCCCCCAUUCGGCCAUUUGGGAGAAUCGCAAGAGUCGUCCUCCUCUCCCAAAUUGUUCACGCGCGACGGUGGGCCUUGCCUCACGGGCCGGACUAGUCAUCGUUACAGUUCGUUUCAGCAUCAUCACCACCACCAUCCGGCCGGACCGUCCUAUCCCCCACCUCCUGUGCCCACGAGCGCACCUCCAUCGUCGUCACGUUUUUCGCACUUCCAGUCGCUCGGCCCGUCUCUCGUUCAGGCCGAAGCGGCGCUCUGGGGAGAUCAACGGCGCGUCGGAAGCAACGGUGGAGCCGAUCCGGCUGAUAAGAAAAGUCGCGGCGGUGGUUUCCAAGUUUUCCCACCGCCCAGUACACCACCAGAACCGGCACCACCCGACCGAGGCCCGGCCGUUUCCAACCCGCAUCCGUCAUCGCAAGCGCCGCCCCCUCCGCGUUGGCAGCUCCUUCACGGCGCCACGGCCUCGUCGUCUCUGCCCACCGCUUCCUCGCACACGAGCCUCGACGAGGCGGCAUCGGACGCUUCUUGCUCAAGGGACUCGAUCUCGACGUCUCAGACAGGAUGGAUGGACGAUUCCGUUUUUCUCCGGUCACGGAACGAGAUGGAAGACGAAGCGUGGGGUCAGAGCAUAAGCGGCGGCGUACCUGGUGCAGAUUCAUAUUCUCAUCGCGCUUUCACGACUGGUCGAAGGAAAGGUCUCCCGCAGCAGCAAGUGCAAAUGCCUGGCCAUCUUCCACACACGAGUAGAAAGCAACAACAGCAAGUGUAUCAACAUCCUGGCAAAUUGAACCCGAAGGAUUUCGCCAACGUGGCUGAUGCCAUCGCUAGGAUGAAAUUGGUGUCGAGCGGCAAAGAAUGCCCCACUGUUCCACCGCCACCUCCGCCGCGGCUGGCCAAGAGCAAAGAUAGCCACGGCCAUCGCCAUUUCGGGUCUUAUGACGGCGAUUACAGCUACACGUCCGCUCAGGAUGCGUUAGCCAGUGGAACGCAGACCAAUACCUCGAAAACUCGCAGCCGCUAUCGCCGCGAAAAGGAGCGACCAGCCGUUUACUCGGACUCGGACAGCAGCGACAGUUCGCUGGAUCGCCGGCCGAAUAUCUCUGGAACCGGACUUGGAUCGGGUGAUGGAAGUUCGCGGCCGCCUCGCAAGUCGUCGACGCACAAACGUCCCCGCCGGAAGCGAGCGGCCAUCCCCGUGGCCACACCUCGCGUUCCAACUUUGCCUUCUGCCAACAGCCAAUCAACGACUACCAACUUGCCUCCUUCCGGCAUGCCCCUUCCCUUAUCGGCACGUUCCAGAGGUCAAACUUCUGGUGACACUACUACUGCUGCCGAUAAAGGAAUCGGACCACGGGAUCCCAUCUACUCCGCUUUACCCGACGAUGAUCCCGGCAUGGAUGUGGCAUCGCCCCGAGAACGUGAUUUGGGAUCUCCUUUGGUUGGCUUCAUGUCGCGGCAAAGAGGCUCAGAAGGUUCCGGCGGAGUCGCUUCGGUCAUGGAGCAAGAAAGAGCCGAAAGGGAUCCGUCGACGCAACGACGAAAGGACAAGGCCAAAGCUAAGGACGACGAGAAGCAGGAGAAGAGGCGGUUGAAGGAGGAGGAGCGACAAAGAAGGGAACGAGAGAAAGAGAAGGAGCGCGAACGCAAACGCAAUUUAAAAAUGAAGGAUAGCAAAAAGGAGAAAGCCAUACCCAUGUUGGAGGAUAUUGUGAUGGCAGAGGGACGGGCCAUUCCGCUCUUCCUCGAAACCUGUGUCAAAUUCAUCGAAGCGGAGGGCCUCGACUCUGAAGGCAUUUACCGGGUGCCGGGCAAUCGAGCCCAUGUUGACAUGCUUUUCCAGAAGCUCGAAGAAGAUCCCAAUUAUGAUAUUCAUGAAUUGGAUAUCGCGGUCAAUGCAGUGGCUACAGCUUUGAAGGAUUUCUUCAAACGGUUCCCUUCCAUAUUAACGCAAGAGCAAAUGAGCGAAAUGGAAGAAAUUUCCAUGACGCCAGAUCGAAGUUGCCGUUUGCUGGCACUGCGGGAUCUUCUGACGAAAAAGCUGACACCCGUCAGUUUCAAUGUGCUCAAGUUCAUCUUCCAGCAUUUCGUCAAAGUGACGGAAAAUUGCAAAGCCAAUAGCAUGGACUCGAAGAAUUUGGCCAUUUGUUGGUGGCCUACAUUACUACCCUUCGAGUUUACGGAUAUGGUCCGCUUCGAAAUGAUGCGGCCUCAUCUUGAAGACACAGUUCAGGCCAUGAUUGAUCAGUUCCCGUUCCUCUUCUUAGGCAAAGAUGAAAUUGUUAUGGUUUAAUCGUUUGGCCAAGUCAAUCUUCAUUACUACGCGUGUUUCCUUUUUUCCAUGACAUUGCCAUUUGCGUUUCGCUAACUUGAAAGGAAAGAAAUGGAAAGAAACAGAUGAACAAAACUAAGAAUCUGUUAGAACUUGAGUCGCAGAAACAAUAAUAAUAGUCGCCCCGUCUAAUUCUUAAACUGCUUCAACAAUUCUCGCAUUAUCAAGUGUCUGUUUUGUACGUUGUUGUGUCUCGUCCUCGCUUGUUCGUAACAUUUUUUUUUUUCUCUUCAUGUACAUAGCCUGAAUUCACGAGCGUUUGUGUUUUCGAUUCCGUGGAUAGUACCGAGCAAUAGGAGCGUGAAGCAGCCACAUGCUUUUGGAAAGGGUCUACUCGAAAACUGAAAGACAAAUCACCGCUUCAUUCAAAUCGUGUUGUCGUUUUUGCUUCAUUGAUUAUGAUUUCUUGAUACCCUCGUGUCAUUUUGUGCAACCUUGUUUCAAUUUCGGUUUGUUGAUCUAACAACACGAGUUUCGCUUGCUCGUCGAAUUUUGAUUUUUCUUCCCCUUGUGCAGUUUGAACACUGUUGAUGCUUUAGACAAAAGAAGAAAAAAAGACACGCGAUAACAUAAUUAACAGCUGUUGUAAUUUCGGUCAUCAGAGUCGAUAAGCUCGAUCUGCUGGAAGUCGAAAUUUGUCGGGUGGUUCAGGGAGUUUUCUCGAGUCAACAUGUAGAUAUACAAUAAAAACUCAAAUCGGGGCAUAACAAAGCAAUCUAAAAUCCUAUUCUCUCGCCGCUCUCUGUAUGUCUUCAAUAUUUCGCUUUCUUUUCUCCCCAAGCACGAUUCGAGCUGAUUGUGUGCCAUCUCUCGACAGCUGUAAAAUGUCGUUUACAGUUGUUUUUUUAAUCUCCCAAAUUAAAUUUUUCGGACAUUAAUAACCUUAAUUUACGAUGCUUCGAUCUAGGAGCUCGACAUUGCUGCUGCCGAAUGAGAUGCCAACACUAUUACUUUACUUUUCAGCGAGUCUCACGUUCUUUGUUGUUGGUAACAGCUCCUACCAAUGAUUAUCAUGUUUAUCGCAAAAAGAACAAGUCCAGAAAAUACAAAAAUGAAAUAUCA